AUGGCUCCCGUCCGCAACGCGUGCAUCAUCUUCAACGAGAUCCCACUAGGGUAUCCUGAGCCUGGAAAGACCGUCGUUUACGAUUCCUCUCAAACCAUCGAUCCCGAUACCGUCCGCGUCCUCUCGAUCGAUCCUUACAUGAGAGGGAGGAUGCGGGAUCCAUCUAUCACGAGCUAUACGCCAGCCUUCGACUUGGGGAAACCGCUAGAUAACUUCGGAGUGGGGCUUGUCGUUCGCUCUGAGAACCCGUCAGUCAAAGUUGGGCAGCAUCUGUAUGGCUUCUACGCCUUCCAGGAAUACUCCGUCUUCAAGGACCUGUCCGAGUUAAGACGUGCGCGUGUCUUGGAGAACAGGGAAGAUCUACCUUGGUCGGUAUAUGUCGGCGUAUGCGGGAUGCCAGGUCAGACUGCAUUCUACGCAUGGAAUGAAUUCGCAAUUGUUCAUGGGCACUCGCCGCUUGGGCAGGAUGAUGUUGUGUUCGUCACUGCUGGUGCGGGACCCGUCGGAUCGACCGUCAUUCAGCUCGCGAAGCAAGCGGGCUGCAAAGUGAUCGCCUCGGCGGGGUCCGAGGAGAAGAUCGCAUUCCUCAAGUCCAUCGGUACCGACGUCGCGUUCAACUACAAGACAGAGAAGACGCUCGACAUCUUGCAGAGAGAGGGCCCGAUCAACAUAUACUGGGACAACGUCGGCGGCGAGAGCCUAGAAGCCGCGCUAGACGCAGCUGCGCCGCAUGCGCGGUUCAUCAUGUGCGGCAUGAUAACGUCGUACAAUACUGCGGACGACUACCCCGUCAAGAACCUCUCCCAGAUCUUCGCCAAAAGCCUCACGCUGUACGGCUUCACCGUCUCGCCCCUGCACGACAAGUACAGCGACCGAUUCUACAACGAGGUCCCGCAGAUGGUCAAGGAGGGGAAGAUCAAGUUCACGGAGGAUGUGAGCAGGGGCUUGGAGAGCACGGGCGAGGCCAUUCUGGAUGUACAGAAGGGCAGGAACAAAGGGAAGAAGGUCAUCCUGGUCGCGGAGAAGUGAAGCUAGUCUCUUAAUUUGUAUGUAAUACUGUAUACUAUAGCGCGCAUGGACAGUCUCCGGUCAUUUGACCGAGGCCCACGUUUCUUUGUUUGAUCAUUAUGCCAUCGUGCUUUGUA